AGAACGGUCGUCGUGCUCGGUUACAUAUAACUCUCUUCUCUGUGCUUGCUGCCAGUGUAGUUUAGGCUUUUAGUUAGUGACGGUGUCUCUCACGCGUUGGACCCACCCAGGAAAAACCUACAUUUUCCUACGAAACCAUCUUCAAAACUGCCGAAUCAUGCAAAAUCGUCCUUAUGAAAUCGCGACGAUGACGAGCCUCGCCGCGGGAGACACCGUCAAACCGAACAAUUCGACGACUAACUCAACGACGAACGGGGGGGAAGAAUCUUCCGUGAUAAUAAGUGCCAAUGAUCCGCGUGUUCAGUGUACUAGAAAACGAAGACGAUUGGAUUUUUCUACAACGGCCACGGAUAUUCCCCAAAAGACGCUACGACGCAACGAAAGGGAUAAUAAUGACUACGACGCUAAUCAUUUUCUUCUCGUCGAUUUUUAUCAAAUUUCGCAAUCGGUUAAGCCUGAGAAAAAAAAGAAGUUUAGCCAAGAUAAUGACGUUACUCGCGACCUUCAUUAUUUUUCUUCUAAUCAAAGAAAAAGCAAAAGAUUGUCGAAAAGGCCGGACGAAAGAGAAUGCCAAGAAAAAAGACGGAUCGAAAGCGAUACUUGUGUAGAAAACAUUAAGAGAAAGAAACAGGAACAGGAUACAUCUGUAAAAAGGCUCGUCCUUUCGAAUAAUAACGUUAAAGACGAGUCUGGUAGACUGAGAAAAACGAUACAGUGGCUCGAGGAAGGUGCGCGUAGAUUGCGAGAGGAUCUUGCAAAUGCAAGAACCGAAUUGCACGAGGAAAGAAGGGCCGCGAAGUUAGUCAAAAGAGAAAUCGAAACGGCCAUUAGGGAAGCAAAGGCCACCGAAGCUACCAAGUAUCAACUUAUCAUCUCGGAAUUGAAGACCAGACUGUCUCGUGGCAGCUCGGCAGAAUCGAAUUGCACGUCGCCGUCGCCGUCACUGUUGCUAUCGUCGUCGUUGUCGUCGUCAUCGAAGGUGGACCUCGUAAAGGAAGAUAAUCGAAAACGCGAAAUAUCGGCAAUGAAGAAGAGGCUCGUCGAAUCCGAAAAUACGAUAAGAAAGCUCAAGUUGGAUAGUUUGAAUUUGCAGGGAAAGGGCGCCCCCUGCAAGCUCGAUGGGUCGACUUGUGCCGAGGUCCGGCGCCUUCAAACUGAAAUUCACGCUUUACGCGCGAAUAACGAUAAACUCGAGGCGAAAUUACGUAUCGCCACAGAUGCCGAAAAAGCACGAGCGGCCGAAUUACGGAUUCAACAUGAGAAUCACGAGGCCGAACUCGCCGCAUUACGAAAAUCUUUGAGAAGCGAAACGAUUAAAAUGAUGGACGAAAUGCGAGGAAAGAGUCGCGAGAUCGAGAAGCUUUCGAAGUUACUUCAGACAGAGAACUCCCGGAAACAAAGAAAGACGGCCCAGAAAGACGACUCCUCGAUGCGGAAGUUACAGGACAGCGAGAAAAACGGACCGAUUCGGUCGACGUCUCGUGGAGAGAAGAAAUUCCUCGUGGAGGAUCAUACCUUGGGUACGUACAUUCGCGAAGUUGGGUGCGACAGAGCCAUAGAGGAAAUCGAGGUCGAGCGCCUCCGUGAGCUUGCACUCGAACAACAAGAAGUCAUCGAGAUACUUAGGCAGACGGUCAAGGAAAAGGAACGAAAGCUCGAGCAGCUGUCGAACAAGAAAAGGAAAGAGGAAUUCUAUAGGCAAUGGUUGGAGCUCGAGCCAGUGGCCGAGGUCGACGAUGAAGAGGAUCACGAGGAAGGUGACAGUGCCCUUUCUAGUGCACCAUCAUCCCUCUCUCCUCAGCCAGGUGGUUGUGGACAAUGGCAGGGGUCAGGUGUCACCCGAGAAGCCUACGAAGCUGUUCUCAUCGAAAUCGAGGAACUCCAAUCGAAACUGUUAGACGAACGUCAGGAAUUGUCUCGUGCUAAGACCGAAGUUCUCGAUCUUGAAAAAGCUCUUUUGCAGGAGACAAGAUGCAGCAAUCGUAAUAAACAACUGGAAGAACUGAACGAGAAGUUGCGAGCAACUGAAGAACGAGAAGCUAAUCUCCUGGUGGAAUUGUCCGAGUUGAGAGAACAAAACGAACUUUUAGAAUUCAGACUUCUCGAACUGGAAGAAUCACCCGCUCGUAAAGAGAAUCCUGAUCACACGGCUGAUAGCGGCAUUGUCUCGCCGGAACUAUUACAUCCGAGCAAGGAUCAAGUAAUAAGCAAGCAAAGAAAUCGUGCUGUGGCUACAGUGAUUCCAUAUACAAACAACAAUAAUUACAAUACAACGACACGUACGAUUUCCCCUGUACCACGAAAACCGCCAUUGUCUCUACAAGAAAGCGGUAUCUUCGAAGAGGAGGAUGAAGAGGACUUAGAAGUCGAACUAGCGAGUCGAGGAACCCAAACGGAGAUACCUUCCGGUGAGCUUCUUCAAGAGGUUCAACGUCUUCAAGAACUUCGUGCACGGAUUCAAGAACGUGCAGCCAAAGUAACAAACACAGCUACGAUAUGUUCGAUCGAUACACCUAAAGCUUGUCCGGCACUUGACACAGACGUCGAUUCUAUCGUUCAAUUGUCCUCCUAUCAAGAUCGCAUAAGAGAUCUGGAAGAUAGAUUAGAGGCUUACGAAGAGGCUGAAGAAAGGCAAACGGAGGAGAGACGGGUGACUAAGCAAAGGGAGGAAGAAUUGCUUGAUGAAAAUUACAGGCUAACCGAAAGGGUUUACUGGCUUGAGAAUAAAUUACAUAACGUCGAGGAACUCAUUGAGAAUAGGAGCAGAAGUAGAAGCAACGAUAGAAGGAUUCUUAUUCGUGAUGAUGAUGAACACGAGAAAAUGGAUAACGAUAAUAAACAAUGCGACUGUCAAGUUUUGAAAAGUUACGACGAGCCAAGACAAGAAACAAAGGAAGAACGUAACAAAGAAGAAAGCGUUACGAUCGAAAUAAUGGAGGAAAUAUUUAGCCGUUCGAAAGAAGUUCAAACGACUGCUGUUAUUGAAUCAACUGAGGAUUAUUGUUGUCCACGUUGCCGAAUACGCGAGAUUACCGAGAAAACGGAACAACCCGAGCAAUGGAUCGCACCGGAAACACGUCAUGUUAUGGUCGAAGUUAUUCAAAAUUGUACGGGGGAAGUGGUCGAGGAAGUAGCAAGGGAGGCCAAAGAAAAUGAAAAUGAUUUCGACGAAGUUGACGGUGCCUCUGAGAAAAAUGAAAACGAUGAGCACGUAGAAGAAGAAGAUGAAGAAGAAGAAGAAAGAAGAAUAAGAAGAAGAAGAAGAAGAAGAAGGGUCUCGCAAGUUGCCGCGACUUUGGAGGAGAACGAGCCGAUAGAUUCGGUCGUUACCUUAAACGACGAAUUGGAAUCCAAAAAGAAGGUUAGAGAAAGGCAGAGUAAGGCUAACAGGAGAGAGAGACAAGAUUAUUCGUCGACGAGAACGUCUAAGGGAAAUGUUAGGUUAACCUCGGAGUGGGUUAAACGUCCUGACGAGUAUUAUGAGCGAAAACAUCAUCGAUUGAUUUUGUACCAGGAGAUCUGCGUUUAGAAUUAAUGAAUUUUAGUUACGAUAGUGUUCAUAUUUCGGUAAUUAGCGGGGAAGCGGAUACGCGAGUGGAAGGAUUUUUUUUUCUUCUUCUUCUUCUUCUUCUUCUUUAUAAAUAUAAUUAGAUAUUUAAUCUCACCGAACUGGACGGCCAUUAUUAAUAAUGCGUUCCAAUAACUCUUCCUUUAUCUCUGUGGUUUGAUUUUUUUUGAAGGAAAAAGUCUCGCGCAUAAACGGAGAAUAGAAUAAAAAAGAAUAUAAUAGAAUUUCGAUAGAACAAAAUCGAUCGAUUAAAGAGACUAAAUGUUAUUACGGCUAAACGAUAAUAAUGACGAUUGUCGAAAGAAGAUAGUAGAAGAAAAAUAAAUAAGAAGGGAAAAUACCAAGAGACUGAAGGGUCGAGGAAAAUAAUCUUCUGCCAUAAUUAAACGCAAUGUCGAGCUUCGAGAAAAGAUGUCGUCCCGGAUUCGAGGAAAAGUUCGAUAACCGACUUAAGGAAGCAUGGAAGACGAGACAGACGCACGGUUUCCAACAGUUCUCCUCCUCGAAUUGAAUUUAAAUCACCGACCGAGGACUCGAAACUGGCCAAAGGUGAUCUACUUUCGCUGGAGGUGAAGGUCCUUUCCUUUCUUGUCGGUGUAGAAGAGACCAUUCGUAUGCGCGCUUUUAUACUCAACAGCAUCGCAAGUACCACGAUAUGAUCGAUAAACUUCAACGUUGAUCUCUCAAUGCAUUAGCAAGGACAAAAUGGCUGGCGUUGCUUGACAGCGGCUAAGCAUCGACCAGAAUUUGUUUCUGAGGGGAAAGAACAAUGGAGUUAUCGUCAUCAUUCGUUGUGUACCAUCGAAAGCAAAUAGAAAAAAAAAAAAAGAAUAUCAUGCGCGCUUAUAAGUCUCUCCAACACUACAAGCUGAAAAUCUACAUCGGUAUAGUAAAAUACUACCAACACGAAGAAAAUCAAAGGACCCUUUUGUCAGUGCCAAAAUGAACAUAAUCUGAUUAUAUAAAACGGAACCAAAUUAGGUUGAAUGUAUUUCGAUCUGCAUCUGAUCGAGAUAUCUUUUGAUAUACAAUAAGUGUCACUUAAAAUCAGUCAAUGAUAGUCUAGAAAUAAAUUAAUACAUUAGUAAACUUUUAUUAUAUAUUUAAUAAGUUUAUUAUAUAAAUAAUCCUUUCAAGUAAAACUCAUUAAAUAUGUGAUAAAGUUAUACUAAUGUAUUUAUUUCUAGACUGUCUUCAUUCUAAAUACAGUAUACUAAUAUUUUUCGAGUAAAAAUCUAGUAAGUUUAACACGGUUUACGAUUUUAAGUGAUACUCAUUCUACGCAUUUUGAUACUUUUUCUUUUCUCUUUUAUAUAUAUAUAUAUUUUUUUUCAGACAAUGCAAUCGUAUGAAAGAAUACAAUCAAAUGAAAUUCAAUGGUUCAUAUUCGACGAAUAUUGAAAAACCGAAUUUUCAGAAAAGUUUAAUAUAAACUAUUGAUAUUAUACUCGACAGCAUUUCAUUUCGGUAUCGUAUAUAUUUGGCUUCGUACAGUCGGUUUCUAUCGAUAAAAAACUUUGCAGGUAACAAAAACGAAAGAAAGAAGUAAAAUCGAUCCUUGCCAUUUUUUAUCCUCGCCUUUAUAUAAACAAUUUCCGCAUUAUUUACCGAAAACGUAAUCUCUCUGUAAGCGAUUUUUAUAAAAUACGAAUCGAAACGAAUUCUAAAUCCCAACGAAAAUCUUCGUAUCCAUUUACGUAAUAUUAUUACAUACAGUACGAAGACAAAAAUGUAUAUAAAUAUAUAUUAAUUUUUUUUUUUUCCAAUCGAAUGCGACGAAACGAUACACGUAAUAAGUAUACGUAAAUACGUACGUGUAUUAAACGAAGGAAAAGAAAAUAAGAAAAAGAAAGAAAGAAAGAAAAAAAGAAAAAGAGAGGGAGAGAGAGAGAGAGAGA